GAUGCCUCGACCCAGCAUGCGCGAGAAGACUCGCAGUGGCCUCGGCGCUCAUAUUGCAGCGCUCUCGGAGCAUGACACGGCGGCGAUCUUUGGCGACUCGCUCACGGAGCGCCUGCAGUGGCAGCACCCGCACUUGGCCCCGCCGUUGACGUGGCUCUGUGGCGUCGGUGGCGACCGCAUUUCGCAGCUCGCGUGGCGCGUGGCCAACGAAGAGGGCAGUGGAUACACGCAAGCAUCCCUAGCACCGGCGCGCCUCCAGCAAAUCGCAGUCUUGAUUGGCUCCAACGACCUGGGCCCUGGCGACGGCGCGUCGCCGCGCGAGCAAAAGAAGUUGAGAAGUAUGGUCCAACACGUGGCGGCCAUUGUGGCCGCGCUCCGUGAUCGAUGGCCCGACGCUCAUUUGCACGUACUUCCGAUCCCGCCGAUCCCGACGCGCGGCCAACACGAGCGGUCCCCGGCCUUUCGAGCAGCAUACCUGGCCAUGCUGCGCGAGCAAGGGCUGCUGACAACGGAAGUCGAUUGGCCACUCAUGGACCUCGAGAAUGAUUUCGAAGACGGCGUGCACCUCUCGGCGUCUGGCUACCACGUGCUCUUGUCUCUACUCGCGUCGCUUUCGAUCCCAGUACCGUCGACGUGAUAGUAGAUCUUGUUAAGACAAAUGUAUGCUUUCACUUCUACCACGGC